UAUAUAUUUCGUCGGUAUCGUUGAAAGGGCGCGAAACAGUUUCAACUGGCGAACCCAAAGCACUCACUCUGCUAUGGACUCGUUGCAGAGUUCUCAAUCAUGUUAGCUAAUCGAACUUAUAUUCAUACCUAUAUAAACUUCUCUAAACUAAACUAUUCAUAUUUCAUUACUACUUUCUCAACUUCCACAACUCAAAUCCUCUCAAAACCCACUCCCAAAUCCACCAAAUUUCAAGUUUACUGCAAUUCCCAGAUCACAAAAAAUGGCCGAAACGGAAAUACCAGAGAUGCCGAGUCCAUUUUCAAUCGCAUGCCCACCAAAAACAUCAUUUCUUGGACAGCAAUGCUCACUGUGUAUGCUGAGAAUGGGCAGAUUAAGAAAGCCCGUGAAGUGUUUGAUGAAAUGCCUGAACGAAGUGUUGCGUCUUGGAAUGCAAUGAUCACGGGUUACAUUCGCAAUGUUCAUGGAAUUGAUCAAGCUAUUGAAUUGUUUGGGAAAAUGCCUGAGCGAAAUGCAGUUUCUUAUGCUGCGAUGAUCACGGGUUUUGUUAAGGCGGGAAUGCUUGAGAAAGCUAAGGAAUUGUAUGCGGAGAUGCCUGUGAUUUGGCGGGACCCGGUUUGUUCGAAUGUGUUGAUUUCUGGGUACUUGAAGAUGGGUGAUUUGAAAGAAGCGAUUUGGGUUUUUGAGGGUAUGGUGGAGAAAGAUGUGGUUUCUUGGAGCUCAAUGGUUGAUGGGUACUGCAAGGAGGGAAGGAUUGGGGAGGCUAGAGAUUUGUUUGAUAGGAUGAAAGAGAGAAAUGUGGUUACUUGGACUGCGAUGAUAAAUGGGUAUUUGAAGAUGGGGAAUUUCAAAGAUGGGUUCAGAUUCUUCUUGGAAAUGAGACGGGAAGAUAGUGUAAAAAUCAAUUCUACUACACUGACCAUAAUAUUUGAAGCUUGUGGAAACUGUGGUAGAUAUGAAGAAGGGUAUCAAGUGCAUGGUUUGGUCUUGCGUAUGGGAUUUGAAUUCGAUGUCUUCUUGGGAAAUUCUGUUAUUACCAUGUAUUGUAGGUUUAGUUGUGUAGAUGCAGCUAGUAAUGUAUUUUGCAUGAUGAACAAAAAAGAUGUAGUUUCUUGGAAUUCGCUAAUUGCGGGUUAUGUUCAGGCCCAAGAUAUUGAAGUGGCUUACAGACUUUUUGAGAAGAUGCCGGAGAAAGAUGUGGUUUCUUGGACAACCAUGAUUACGGGUUUCUCUAGCAAAGGGUUGACUGGAAAGUCUAUUGAGUUGUUUAAAAUGAUGCCUGAGAAAGACGAUGUUGCUUGGACUGCUGUUAUAUCAGGCUUUGUGAAUAAUGGGGAAUAUGAGGAGGCUAUCUGUUGGUUCAUCCAAAUGCUUCGGAAAUCAGUCCGACCGAAUCCUCUUACUUUAAGUAGUGUUCUCAGUGCUUCGGCCGGUUUGGCAACAUUAAACCAAGGCUUGCAAAUCCAUGCUCAUGUUCUGAAGAUGGUUAUGGAAUUCAAUUUGUCCAUCCAAAAUUCACUUGUUUCAAUGUAUUCAAAAUGUGGAAAUGUAAACGAUGCCUAUAGGAUAUUCAGAUCCAUCAGGGUCCCCAAUAUUGUUUCUUUUAACUCAAUGAUAACUGGAUUUGCCCAAAAUGGGUUUGGAAAAGAAACAGUCGAGUUAUUGAAGAAAAUGCAAGAUGUAGGUCAGGAACCUAAUGAAAUUACCUUUCUCGGGGUCCUCUCAGCCUGUACCCAUGUGGGACUAGUAGAAGAAGGAUGGAACUACUUCAAAUCCAUGAGAUCUUUAUACCACAUUGAGCCAGGGCCUGAUCAUUAUGCCUGCACGGUUGAUCUCCUUGGAAGAUCCGGUUUGCUUGAUGAAGCAAUGAACCUGAUUGAUUCAAUGCCAUUUGAACCCCAUUCUGGGGUUUGGGGUGCUCUUCUUGGUGCAAGUAGGACCCAUUUACGUCUUGAUGUUGCAAAGGUCGCAGCUCAACAUCUUUUUGAACUGGAGCCUAAUAAUGCAACACCUUAUGUGGUAUUACAUGACAUAUACUCUAUUGGAGGAAAAGGAAAGGAUGAGGAGCAAGUGAGAAUGACCAAGAAAUCAAAAGGGAUAAAAAAGAGUCCGGGUUGUAGUUGGAUUAUAGUGAAAGACAAGGUUAAUUUGUUUUUUGCAGGUGAUCAAUCCCAUAUAAAUUUUCAAGAGAUUAGAAGGAUAUUGUGGACAAUUAUGGAUGAAAUGAAACAACUUAAUUGUCACAAUGACUUGGUUUCUUGAUCACAAAACCAUAAAUUAUGGAUGAAAUGAAACAACUUAUUCCGGCAAUGUGGUUAAAUUUCAUUUUUUUGAUGGAGCAGGAGCGUCUUACGUUUCAGAUACGUUACUCAGUUCUUCUUUCUAGAACUUAGUCAUUGAGAACAUUUUGUGUUAAUCUGUGAAGCUAUAAAAUCUAGUAUGUUUUUCUUAGUGAAAAUUAUACCGGUCUUUAUUGAUGGUAGGAGGAUUUUGAUCUUUACAUGUACAAUGUUCAUUAGACUCCUAUGAUUAAUCUUUUAUCUCCAAGCAUCAAAAUUUGGUUUCGGUAUGCUGUUUCUAUUAGCAUGGAAAAGAAACCAUUUCGAAAAGUUUCGGAAUUGACAAAUAAUUUGAAUAUAUAGAAAUGCUUAAAUUGAAAGUUGUCUAAAGGUACAAAAUCCUAAUAAUUUAUUAAUUGAAUAUAUUGAAAUUCAUAUUGUUAUUCAGAUAAAA